AGGCUGAAUUGAAGAAUAAGGAAGCUGAGAAGUUGAGUCAAGGGGAAGAGGUGAAUCAGUUUGCGAUUUAUGGUGAGGUUGUAGGAAAACAGCCUAGGAAACGUGUGUUGGGAAUGGGUUAUAUGGGGUAACCGGUGUGGAUGUUUUUGGCCCUAGCUCCAGUCAGGGCUGCAGCAAAAGGUGUGAAGAAGACCGAAGGCAAGAGAAGGUGAAGAAUGAUGAGAUGAUCAGAAUGCUGAAAGAAGAGCUAGUGCAGGUGAAGAAUGGAAUUCCUCAGAUUGUCGAGGAUACAUUGAAGAGGCUAGGAGUUAAUUUGGCAGAGUCCUCAAUGGCUGGAGACAAGGAGGUGAAUGAUGAAGAUGAAGAUGGAGACGAGGAAGUGAAUGAUGAAGAUGCGGAUGGUUUUGACCAUGAGAACAGCUCCCCCUGAUGAUGAUGACUACUAAGUUUGCAGCGCUUGGAAGAAAGCAGCAGUAGGAACUUUGAAAGUUCCAAUUUUCAAUCGGAAGUUUGCAGCUAGGAAGAAGGCAGUCUUAGGAACUUUGCAAGUUCCAUU